AAGGCGAAUUCAGAAGUUCAAUUUCCAGUUAAUCCCUCAACCACAAACCACUCACGUGAUCCCCGCAGAAACAAGCUUCUCAAAAACUCCAAUUCGCCAGGGAAAUUUUCACUUACAAUCCCAAAACGACAGCCCGCAAUCCAAAGCGGCCCUGUCCGCCGCCGCCGCCGUCGCUCUGCCACAAAACUUCCCCUCUGGCCCAAAAUGACUUCUUCAUCUACGGCUCCGGGACAAGGGCACACGCACUACACGAUCCUGGGUAUAAGUCGCAAACUCGUCCAAGAACAGUCAACCACGGCGGGGCCGCAGCAAAUCAUCAAACGGGCCUACCACCGCGCCCUCCUCCAAAACCACCCGGACAAAUACCCACAACUCAAGAGUAUUCCUGCAACUGGCCCAACUUCCCGAGCACCAUCUCACUCCUCUUCUUCUCCUUCCGCCACCUUUUCAAUCGACCAAAUCUCAUCAGCCUACAAAGUCCUCUCAGACCCAAAGCAGAGGGCAGAAUACGACCGCGCCCUGGACCUGGCACCAAACAACCAAGGCCUCCAGCGCGGCAACGGCGACGAAGAAAAGUCCUUUCAGACGGGCAUCGAAGUCGUCGACCUCGACGACCUGGAAGUCGAAGAGCCUUCCUCAGAAGACCCCGAGGCUGCUGAGUGCUGUUGGUACCGCAGCUGCCGGUGCGGCAACCCGCGCGGCUUCCUCUUCACCGAGGCGGACCUGGAGGAGGCGGGCGAGAACGGAGAGCUGCUCGUCGGCUGUCAGGAUUGUAGUCUUUGGAUGAAGGUUCACUUUGCCGUGGUCUCGGAUGAUUGAUAAUGUGGGAAGAAGUUUUCAGACGAAGUUCAAAAUGAAACACAAAACAAAUUUGAAAAGAGGCCACGAGUCCCUAUUCGUUGGAUUGAUAAUGUGUCAAUGCUAUUGUCUCGUUCACUCAUAGCUUCAAAUGAGUAAAGUGUCAACCGA